AUGAAUGAAGCAUUAGAAAUUAUAGGGGAGGGUAAUAAAAUGAUUGUGUUAAGAACACAUGACAAAUAUGAUAUUGAUGAUGAUAAUAAUAAUGAGAAAAGCAAUGAGAAUUAUGUUAACAAUUUGAGAUUGUUAAAUAACGAAUUUAAUUUUCUUAAUAAUGGAAAUGUAAAGAUAGACAAUAUGGUUAUAUCCUAUUCAUAUCUUUAUAUUCUGAAACAUAUACAUCUUUAUAGUUAUAUAUUUAUAAAAAGAUCAGUUUUAAAAAUUGUUAAGAAGAAUGAAAUGAAAGUAUUAAAUAUUACACUACAAAAUAAUUGGAUAAAAAAAAUAAGAUACAAUAAAUUUAGAAUAUUUGACAAAUCAUAUUUAGCUGAUAAUAAUUUUGUUAUAUUUAAUAAUGAAUUUGUUGAUCUUAUAAGAAAUACUAUAGAUUUUUAUUAUUUUAAUAAAAACAAAAAAAAGUUAUAUACACAUAAAAUAAAAACAUACAUACAACAUGCAGACAAACUUAUAACAAAUAUUAUUGAAUAUACAGAUAAAGUAAUUAACUAUUUAAAUGAUAACUCAGAUAAAAUUAUAGAACAAAUUACAUUUAAUAUACAAACAUUCUUAAGAUAUAUUACAAAGAAAAAAAAUAUACGUGGGAUAAAAAAAUAUAUUUUAAAAUAUAUAAAAAGUAUUAAUUAUAAUGAUAUACAAAAAUAUGUAAUUAUAUAUUUUUAUGAUUAUCUUAAGAUAUUGAAACAAAAUAAACACAACAAGUAUAACAAAAUGUAUAGGAAUCAUGAAAAAUAUAUGUUUAACGAUAUAUAUAAUAAUGACAACAAUAAUAAUAAUAAUAAUAAUAAUAAUAAUAAUAAUAAUAAAAUUAAUAAUGAUGAUGAUAUAAUAUAUGAUAACAAUUGUCAACAACAACAAACUAAUGUAGGGUAUGUAGAAGAAAAUUUAUUUUCUGUACCUUAUUUUUUAUUACAAAAAAAUUACGACACAGGGAAUAAACAACUUCAAAUAAAAUCGUUUGAUAGUAAUAUAAAUAUUAAUAAUACUACAAAUAUACAAUAUAGUGAUAAUUUAUCUAAUCCUGCAAGUUUAUAUAAUGAUAAUAAUAGUAUAGCUAAUCCAUCAUAUAUAGAUAAUACAAGUGCACAAAACGUUCAUAAUGACAUGAUAAAUAACAAUAUGUCUUAUAAUAAUAUAAAAGAUAACUUUAAAUAUAUAAGUGUCGAAAUUAAAUUAAAAUGUGGUUUAACAGAUUAUCAAAACUUAUAUGAUAGGUAUAAUAUACAACAAUUAAUAAAAAUAAAAAAUAAAAACACAGAACAUUUGUCUUUAUAUGUACCAAGUAAUUUCUUUAAUCUUGAUUUCUGGGAUAUUUUCUGUAAUUUAAAUUAUAUCUUUUUAUUCAAUAGUAAUAAUAUUAAUAUGUAUAUAAAUAAUAAAAAAUAUAUGAACACAUCCUUAUGUUCAUUCAAAUAUUUCAAUAAUUUUUUUUUUAAUUAUUCCUUAUACUUUCCGACAAAUGAUUCAAUUAAUUUUUAUUUCAAUUAUUUAAACCAAUACAAAAAGGGAAUUAGUAGAAAAAAAAAAAAAAAAAAUGAUAACAAUUGUUAUGAUGAAAAUUUUCAUGAUUAUUUUAUAAACGAAUAUAAAACAAGAAUGAAUACAUAUAUUAAUGAUAACGUCGAAUGUGCUAGCCAAUUUAACAAUUCGUAUAAUAAUAUGUAUGAAAAUUUUAAUUACCUGACUUUUAUGAACAAUUCAGGUGAAAUGGAAGAAAAGGAUAAAAAAAAAAAAAGAAAGAAGAAAAAUAAGAAUAAAGAUAUUAAAAAUAAUAUGAUAGACACUAAAAAUAAUAAUAAUAUAAAUGUUUGUAAUGGUAGCAAUAAUAAUAGUAGUAGUAGUAGUAGUAGUAGUUGUAGUAGUAGUAGUAAUAAAUAUAAUUUUUAUUAUAAUAACAAUUGUAGUGAUAACGCCUUUUUAAGGGCAAGUCAAAUGAACACACUGGUGAAUAAAAACAAUAUUGUAUUACACAAUAAUUUACAAAAGAAUAGUGUAUGGAAAUAUAAAAGGAAUCAUUAUAAUAUAAUAAACUACUGUCAGAGAACAUGUAUAAUUCCUGAAAAUAUUAAUUAUGCAUAUAAAAAUUACAUAUUUAGUAAUUACUUUUAUUUAAAAUAUAUUAUAUGUGGUACCAAUUAUGAUAUAAAAGAAAUGUUGUUAUGUAUAAAAAAUGGUGAAUAUCGUUAUUGUUUUAACAAAUUGAUAUAUAUUUUAGAUAUAUAUAAGAAUAUGUAUUAUGUACAUAUGAAAACGUUUUGUAAAAGUGCUAUACAAAAAUUAAGAAAACAAUAUGAUGAAUUAAUGAAUGAAUAUUAUAUUCCUGAAAAAUUAAGAUUCAAUUCAAGAAAAGAUAAUAUUUAUUGGAACAAUGAAUUAUGUAAUAUUAAAUAUUAUUAUGAGAAAGGAAAAAAAUGUAAUAACAACAAUCCUGUUGAUAUAGAUGGAUCUUUUAGUAGACAUGAAUAUGGUGUGAGAAAAACAUCCAUUUGUAAAAAUAAUAAAGAGUUUAAUUUAUUUUUUACAGAAAUGGAUUUCAAAUAUAAUAACAAGUUUCAAAGAAUAAUGUCUGAAUAUUUAAAUGAAUAUAUAAAUGUGAAUGGAUUAAAAGGACAGUUUAUGAAAUUUAAAAAAUAUUAUAAUAUACUAUAUUAUGAUUUUUAUAAAAAGUUAAAAAAUAAAUUUGAGAAGAAAUAUUAUGCUUUGUUAAAAGGAGAAUUAAAAAUAAGAAAAGACUUUUUUAAAAAAUUACAUGAAAAUUUUAGAGAAAAAGUAUUACAUAAAUUAAAUAGAGAAUUAUUUUAUUUAUAUGAUGAAAAAUUAAAAAAUAAUUAUUAUUUUAAUUAUAUUAUGACAAAUAAAUUACAUAUGUGUGUUAGAACAUAUUUUUGUAAUUGUCAAUAUUAUAUAUCAAAUGUGUUAAAAAAAGUAAUAAUACGAUAUCGAGAAAAAGGAUAUGAAGAACAAGUAAAUUAUCAUUUCUUUUGUUUAUUAGAUAUAAUGAAUUAUAUAUAUAUGAAGAAUAAAAAUAAAUGGACAAAUCGAUUAAAGUUAUUGAAUAAUUCCUUUAAUAAUAAAGAACAAUCAAAGAAUAUGAUUGAAUUAAUUCAAAAUAUAAUGUAUCAUAAUUUAAAAUUAACAAAAAAAAAUCCUUUUGAAAUAAAUCAAAAUUAUAAUGAAAACUUGGUUAUUUUAUCUUGUAUUAUUAGAAAAGAGAAAUAUUUAUUUUAUAAACUUUUAUAUUUUCAAUGUUUUAGUUCAGGACAAGUUCAAAUGAUAUCUGUCAUGUUAUAUUUUAUUAAAAUGUUUGAGCAAUUAUUUAAUUUUAGAAAAGAACAAAAUGAUGAUAUAGGGUAUGAUUAUCAUACAAAAAGAUCAAGAUAUGAGGAAUUAAAUCAAGAAGGGUAUGAUAAAAUAUUUACCAAGUUUAAAUAUUAUAAUAAGAGUUUGGAAAAUAUAUUUAAUAUUACAGAAAAUAUGUAUAUAAAAAAUCACAAAAAUUUAUUACAUUUUAUUAAUACACAAAAGAUAAAAAGAUUAUCAGAGUAUGUUUUUAAUUCUACAAAAAAAUCAUCACCAUAUGUAAAAAUUAAAAAGGAGAAGAAUAAAAAAAAAAAUAUAAAAUAUGAUGCCUUUACCUAUUUACAAAAUUGUCAUUUCAUAUUAGGAAACGAAUUAUUAUUGGAUGCUGUACACAUAUGUAACAAAGCAACAAACAAUAAAUAUAAUUAUUUAAAAACAGAGAUGAAAGUAAAUACAAGAAAUGUAUACUAUCGUAUUUAUGAAACAAAUCAUCCAUCUUUAAAAAAAAAAAAAAAAAAAUUUACAUAUCCACAUCAAUCAUAUAUAAAAUCAAAAUAUAAUACUAGACAAAAAUUUAUUGAACAUAUAUUAAGUAAAGAAACCUUAAUAACAACGGAUCAUUUCCAUUAUUUAUCAAGUUCUCAUUUUUUAAAUCAUUUAAAUAGUAAAAAUAUUUCCUUAUUAAAAGAAAACCAAAAACAAGUAAAUAUUAAAAAAGCCAUGCUUGUAUAUAAAAACAUGAUUUAUUUUGUGUGCAGGUUUUUAAUAAGUAAAACAUUUUGUGAUAACAGUACCAUAUUUAAUAUAUAUAUAAACCAUAAUAAUACUAAGGAAGAUAUGAAUACCUUGCAAUAUUUAAAAAAUAAUCGAUUCAAGGUAUUAACCAUAAAUAAAAAUAUAAAUUCAUCAAAAAAUGAUCUGAAUGUAUUACUACAACAUGAACAAAAUCAUAAUUUAUUCGUUAAUUCAACAAAUAUUCAAGAUAAAAAUCUAGAACAAGAUCAAUUUGAUCAUUACCAUGAUAAUAAUAGUAGUAAUAGUAGUAAUUAUAUAAAUAGUUAUAAUCAACACGAUACUGUUAAUCAUAAUAAUAAUAAUAAUGAUGAUGAUGAUGAUGCUACUAUUAAAAAAAUGAAUAAAAUGAACAAAAAAAUAUAUAUUUCUAGAGCUAAAGGAGGGUCAUCGAAACAGCAUUAUCCUCUCAUAAGAAAAAUUGAUUUAAAAAGAAAAAAAUUACAUUAUACUAAUCAAAUGAAUAGACAUUUUAAAAAAUUAAUAACAAGUACAUAUAUAACACAACAAGAUAAAAAAAUAUUCUAUCGUAUUAGUUUAAUUGAUCUUUCUAUCAAGUCUUUAAAAAAAGUGGAUUACUGGAAAAAUCAAAUGGAUAAUAUAAUAUCUAUAUACAACAAAUUUUGUACAAACUAA